AUGGUUGAGAGAGAAGAGACGGUGAUGCCACCUUCAAGGGGUGGACAACCUAUUCGCAGAAAGGCUUGUUUUCUCCUCCCUACCCUAAAUGUGGAGGAAACCUCACUCACAUUAAUGAUCCCUCAUUCUUCAAACACUGUCCCAAACCCAAAUGACGAGGUUUUCUUCGAUGGUUGGAGAAAGUGUACAGCACGAUGGGAACAAUGGGUGUCCCAAAUGCGCCCAGACUACCAACCUAUAUGGGAGAGAGAUGGAAUCGCAGAGGCCAUCACUGGUUCUCUUUGCAACAUCGUCCAACAAAAGGAGGUUAUCCUCGAACUCUCCGAUAGAUGGUGCUCCGAAACAAAAUCAUUCAUCUUCCCAUGGGGGGAAGCUACGGUCACCCUAGAAGACGUGGCCGCAAUCGGAGGUUUCAGUCUGGGGGACUUUUGUGUUCUCAAACCAUUAGAAACUCCCGAUGUGAAGGAGAUUGAAGAUUUGCUGAUAGCGGAGAGAAGGGAAAUAGUCCGCUCCAAAGCAUCCAGAGCUUGUCAAAAGCUUUGGAUGGACAAAUUCAUGGACAGUGGGAGUGAUAUAGAGCAUGAAGCUUUCCUAUCACUUUGGCUGUCCAGGUUUGUUUUCACUGGACCGGCGAUCGACACAGUUCGAACCAAUGUGUUCCCAAUUGUCGUACACCUCUCGAGGGCAACCAGAAUCUCCUUGGCCCCGGCUGUCCUAGCCAGCCUUUAUCGGGACCUUGAUUUGCUUAAACGACGGGAGAAACGUAGAACGCGCAAACCAUCUAAAUCGAGGAUGCCGAAUAAGAUCACACUUUGGGCUCCCUUUCAGCUGGUCCAGGUUUGGAUAUGGGAGAGGUUGAGUCCUUGA